UGCUAGAGUAAUUCCAUGGAAAGAGUAAACAACGUAACUGUAUUCAUUAUCUUGGGUCUUUCUCAAAAUAGAGAGGUACAGAAAGUAUGUUUUCUGUUUUUUUCCUUGUUCUAUACACUCAUUCUAAUGGGAAAUAGCCUAAUCAUACUGACAAUUUAUUUGGGAAACCUUUAUAAAUCUCCUAUGUAUUUCUUUCUCAGCUACUUGUCACUUGUGGAUAUUUCUUUCUCCUCUGUAACAGCUCCUAAGCUGAUUUCAGACCUGCUUUCCAAUAACAAAACUAUUUAUUUUGUGGGCUGCAUGUUUCAGCUCUUUGGGUCCCAUUUCUUUGGUUGCACAGAGAUCUUCAUCCUGCUAGUAAUGGCCUAUGAUCGUUACGUGGCAAUCUGUAAGCCCCUGCACUAUAUGACCAUCAUGAAUCCGGAGAGAUGCUAUAAAAUGUUGCUGGGAGCCUGGGUAGGUGGGCUUCUACACACUACUAUACAAUUUACUUUGGUUAUACAAUUACCUUUUUGUGAACCCAGUGUGAUUGAUCACUACUUCUGUGAUGUUCAUCCUUUGCUGAAACUUGCCUGCGCAGACACCUACAUUGCCAGUGUUGUUGAAACAGCCAACAGUGGCACCAUUUCGCUGGGAAGCUUUGUGAUCUUACUCAUCUCCUAUACCGUCAUCCUAGUGUCCCUGAGAAAGCAGUCAGCAGAAGGCAGACGCAAAGCCCUCUCCACCUGUGGCUCCCACAUCGCCGUGGUCAUCAUCUUUUUUGGUCCCUGUACUUUCAUAUAUAUGCGUCCUGAUACCACCUUUGCAGAGGAUAAGAUGGUGGCUGUCUUUUACAACAUUAUCACACCCAUGUUAAAUCCCCUCAUUUAUACACUAAGAAAUGCAGAAGUCAAAAAUGCAGUGAAGAAACUCUUGAACAGGAAGGUUUCUUGGAAAGUUAAUGUCAAAUGA